AUGAAUGACCCUUCUGUUGUAGGACUGCUGAUGGUUGAUGAUCAGCAGGUGCCAGUUGCUACCACAACGGUGCAUCGUCAACAGUAUCGCACCAACCGGGACCCUUGGAUUCCUAUUCAGAAAUUGAUUCGUCAACUGGAAAGCCAGGGUGUGAUCAGUGUUUACCACAUGGGACGACUUGGUGCCUUAACCCCCUGGAGCACUGCAGACCUGAGCGAAACCCUGCCCCUGCCAGACCAGCUCCGUAAGCUCCAGGAACGGCUUUACCGUCUGCGCUGGAGCACUAAGGAUGUGGCUGAGCGGGCUCUGCAGGAAGGACUGAAGCAGGCAAAGCUCCCAGGCGUUACCGGAUGGGCUGUUCACGAGAUCAUCAAUCAAGCUUUGGAGAAGCUGGAAGAAAUGCAGGUCCCGAUGCCAGAUUACGCCCUGAAAUCAGCAGGGGCUGCUGUCAUUCAUUCCAGGACUUCUCCAUCCCUCCGGAACGCCAAAGCCAAACUCUUCUUCUAUUCCCUGCCAUUGAUGGAUUACAUGAGGUCCCCUGAGCUUAUUCUGGAGCCAGAAAAUUUUCCUGGAAACUGCUGGCCCUUCCCAGGAAGUCAGGGUCACGUGUUCAUCAAGCUCUCUGUGCCAGUCAUUCCAAGAGCAGUCACCAUGGACCAUGUCUCAGGGACAGCGUUCCACGGAGAAAGUAUCUCCGGAGCUCCAAAGGACUUUGCUGUCUACGGCUUCAAGGAAGAACACGAGGAGCAGGGAAUGUUCCUGGGACAGUUCACUUUCCUGGCGCCACUGAAUCCCAGUCAGACCUUCCAGCUGAAGAACGAGCUCCCUGGGGUCAUGAAUUACAUCAGGCUGCAAGUGCUGAGCAACUGGGGCCACCCGGACUACACCUGCCUGUAUCGGUUCAGGGUGCACGGUGAUCCGCCCAAAGAUGGGGGAGACACAGCAGUUGCAUCUGUCAAUAAAUUCCAUUAAUGUUCACCCAGCCGAGUUCCCGUCUGCUUUGCCUGUGAUGCUGCCUGGUCCUCCCUGAGCUCACUGGAGCUCCCCGUCCUUCUCUAAACCCACCAGCUUAUGGGAGACUUCAGGAGUCUGCAGCAAGAUUGUCCUAAUUAAAAGAAACAGGAAAACUCAGUCACAAAUCUGCAGAAAGCCUGACAUGCACACUCUUGCUGUGACACAGGAACAUCAGCAAGGCCCUGCCUGGACACCAGAGA